UUGCACUUGUAUCGAGUGUCCCAGGGUCAUUAUUGGCCCAUCAAUAUCCGUCGACGGAAAUAGCUUGUGGCAGUCUCCAAUCUCUUGGACAGACAAAAACCAAGUGGGGACAAAUCGACCAGAAGGUGGAGGAAAUCCGGGGUGAUCGAUGAAUUGCAGCCCCCGGAUGCACUCUCAUUGCGCGUCCGGAGCUAUCGAAAUCGUGAACAGAACAGCAGCAUCGCAUUUGCAUACAGCAAGCAUACAACUAAACACCAAGUCACCGCUUCUGAAGGAGGCUGUGAAAAUGUCGAAGGCCGGCGGGGCUACGGGCUCCAAGGAGCUCGAGACAGAAUCGGAUGCAGAUCCGGAUUCGGAACCUGAAGUGGCUCCAAAACCGAAACCGAAGAAACGGGAAAGACGGACAGGCAGGAACUACCUCCUGAUGAUCUGGAAUUGCGUCCUUUGCGUAACGUUCGUGUACACGGUGACGAUGAUAUACAGGAUCAUCAACGAGAAGCAACCGUACUCCAUGUACCAGAGCAAAUCUGAGCACAAAGGAAGCAAACCCAUGGUAAAGCUACCAUCGUACGUCAAACCUAUCCACUACAACGUCACCAUAAAGCCGUACCUCCACAACGGCCGCUUCGAUGGAUCGGUCAACGUAUCCAUAGACGUGCAGAAGACGACCAAGGAUUUGAUUUUACACAGCAAGAACCUGAAGAUUGGAAAAGUCAGCGUUUUCGAUGGAAACGCCACUGAGUUGAACAUCGAGAGCAUCGAUAUCGACGAGUACAAAGAGAUCAUGAAGAUCACGAUGAAACAAGGAUUGGUGACUGGGAAGUACAGAGCUGUGAUCCCGUUUUCAGGAUCGAUGACUACAGUCGGAACUCGUCUCACUUUGACCAAAUUUGAGCACAAAGGAAAACAAAGGUUAUUUGCUACUACAAACAUGGGAGAUACGGGUGCCAGAUCCAUCUAUCCGUGCUUCGAUCAACCAACCAUGAAGGCUACGUUCUCGUUCAAAAUCAUGAAACCGAAGCCCAAGAGAUUCGUCGUAGUCUCAGUAAUGCCGGAAGAGGGCGAACCGGAGAAUAUGGAAAUUGGAGAUGUAAUCAAGUUCGCGAAGACCAAUAAGAUGGCGACGUGCAUGACGGGAUUCACCAUAAGCGACUUGGAUAAUCGUCAGGAGAAGUUGAUGACUCCUUCAGGUCCCAUCACCGUCAGACUCUUCGGAAACAACAUCAAACUGGUCGAUUCGUUUAAGCUCUCGUUCGAACUUCUCAACUUCUACUUGCAAUAUUUCAACGUGAACUAUACCAUCCCGAAAUUGGAUAUUCUGGGUUUACCGGAACUGCGUUUACGUAGAUCCACCAUGCAUUCGGGAUUCAUCACGAUCAAAGAAGACGAUUUGCUCAUCGAUCACGCAAACACUCAGAGCUACGACGUGCAGUGCGCGACCAUGCUCAUAGCCCAUGAACUUGCCCACAACUGGUUCGGGAAUUACGUGAGCAUGAAGUGGUGGAACGACGUUUGGUUAUACGAAGGCUACGUCUCCUACAUCGAGUACAAAGCCAUGGAUUCGGUAAAACCGGAUUGGGGAUUGAUGGAUCAAUUCCUACUUGAAAGCACCCAACCGGCUAUGUACUUGGAUGCGGAACCCAACACCAAUAUCUUGGAUCGAAAAGUUGAAACUACCGGAGACCUCAAACGCAUCUACGACCCCAUAUCAUAUCUAAAGGCUGCAGCAAUAUACAGGAUGUUGGAACAUGCGGCAACUGAACCGGUUUUCCAAAAGGCUACCACCAAUUUCCUCACCAACAACGCUUUCGGAAACGCCGGCCCUCGAGAGUUCAUCAACGAGGUACACGAGUUGGCCAAAGACGACGCUGAUAUUAAGAGUUUCAUGAGCACCUGGACAUCUCAAAACGGAAUUCCCGUCCUCACCGCGACAAGAAUCGUCGGCGGAUAUCGACUCACGCAAGCCAGAUUCCUCUUAGAACCCAACACACGAGCAUCUUCAGUGACAAACCCAUUCAAGUACAAGUGGACCAUUCCUAUAACCUACACCACGGAUAAAUCCAAAGAACCUUCUUUGGUUUGGUUCAAUCACGACGAUCCAUACAUUGAUAUUUACAUUCCUGACGCCGAAUGGGUUAAGUUCAAUCAUCAUCAAAUCGGCUAUUAUCGCGUCAAUUACGAAGAUAUAGGGGAUUGGAUGACGCUGAUCAAUAACAUACGAAGCUUAGAUAUAUCAGAUCGAGUUAAUCUCAUCGACGAUUCAUUCUCUUUGGCCGACGCUGAGCUAAUUUCAUACUUGAUACCUUUGGAAUUGACUAAGACCAUGGUCGAUGAGUACGAUUACGUGCCUUGGCACGUGGCGACUCAACAUCUGAUCAAGCUGUGCCAAUAUCUGGAUGGAAGCAACCUCUCUGGUCACAUCAAAUCAUUCCUGGCGAACGUAAUCAACAACGCCUACGCGAAAUUCUCAUGGACUGACGAUUCCGAAUACAAGCAUAUCGAUAGAUUGGCCCGAUACGCCGUCUUCUACAUGGCCUGCUCCAUCGGCCAUACCCGUUGCCUCCAGGAGUCCCUGGCCACCGUGAACUCCUGGAUAGACGGGGAGAUUCCGUUAUCCGUUGAACUGCGCAAACUCAUGUUCCAUUGCGAUCUAGAUUCGGCUGUGCGAGAGAGGAUUUGGGCCAAAUUCGUAUCAGAAAACGGACCCGAAAUUGUGAACUUGACCCUCUACGAAACAGUAAUCCAAUACUUCCAGCUGCUUCUACAAUUCAUGUACAGCUUUUUCCAGAAGGUCGGAGUUUACGAGAUAAAUUCUUCGGGCCUCAACACGGGUUUCGAUAUGAUCAAAAUGCCGUACAUCGAUGAACAUUUGCAUACCCAAAUGAUGGACAAAUUCUUGAAGCAAUUCCCCGAAAUCGGUUGCCAGAUGACCGGCAACAAGGAGACGGAGGAGAUGAAGAUGAAGGAGGAUGAGGAGAAGAAUAAGAAGAAACCGGACCCUGCGCAGAUCAAGUGGCUCAAGAAACACGAGCUAUUGAUCGAAGCCUUCCUCAAGGACAACCUAUUUUAAAAUGCACACAUUUGUAGUAAGUUUUGAAAUCUGAAUGUAUUAUCUAUUAGCUUUCGAUUUAGGUUCUACUAGCUUAUUAAGAAUUAAUUAAUUAAUAUAAUUAAGUCGUGAUGAGCGAAAUGCAAACCAUUCGAUACUAAUCGACACAUGUCGUCUUUAUCUCUUGCGCAAACCAGCAAUGGUCUUUAAUAUCUGGAAGUAAACGAUUUACAACAAAAAAAAAACUUUAAAAAAAAUGGAUUAGGAUAGAAAACUUUCGGUUUUAUCGGGGCUCAUAAUCUCGGAAUAUUCGUGUGAAUAGAAAAUGCAUCAAUCCAUGAAAAAUAAGUAGAGCAAUAUAUAUAUUAUCCCGUGAUAAUAUGUAUAUUUAGUUAGAUCGUAAGGUGUAUUGGACCUAGUUUUAAUCAACGUGUGUUGAAAUCUAGUUAAGUUAGUUUUUAAUUAAACGUUUAAGUGAAGUGAAUGUGACUAAAAUAAGGACUUCUCCGCACAGGAGCUUAGUUUUAAGGACAAACAAGUACAGUGAGAUUCGUUAGAGCUGACCUCAGGAUACGCACAACAACAUCAACAAACAACAACAUCUACAGCAUCCGCGAUCCUAGUGGGAAGGACUCUUUAUUUUCCUUUAGAUAUUUAAGUUAAGAUUUAAGUUAGAUUUAAGUUCAAUCCGAUGACCUAAAUUUAAGAGAUUAUUUAAUCCGAUUACCUAAAUUUAAGCAAACGCGCGGUUAAGCUGCGCGUUUUAUCCUAGACAUAAGCGAUGUGAUCUAAAUCCUAGAUAGUUUUUAAGUGUGUAUACGGUGUGGAUAAUUCUUUACCAAGACGUCUUUCCAUCAAGAUGACCCGAAUCCAAUUUCGCCUCAAUACGAGCCUUUUUUAACCAAAAAAAAUAAAUAAACGCUUCAGUAGAUACGCAAUCAAUUUUGAUGAUUUUCG